AUGGCUCGCGCUUUCUCACAUUUGCGCUCCAAUCGAUCUAACUUGCAGCUCUGGAUUUGGAAAUACAUCGCUUGCCGUAUCCAGGCGCAUCAACAUAGAACAGCCAUCCUACAAGCCUUCUUAGUAAUGAGAAAAAAUGUCCACCUCGGGAAUCGGGUGGUCUUGGACACGAAGAUAUCUGGAAAACCUGUUCUCACAUGCGGCCUCAUGAAUUUAGCCAACAUCGGAAACCUUAUCACUUAUUGCUUCGAGAGAUACUCAAACCAGAUGACCAUGGUGUUCCAAGAGAAAUUCCGGGGUCCGAGGACACCAAAGUCUCCACUUGCCACAUCAAACCACCAAGGCCUGUCUCGAGUCCCGUAUAUUGGACAGGCUGAGAAUGUUCCCACCGACUUCUUAACUAUUGUCGCAACGUGA